UUGAGGUUGUGCUGAGGUUCAAGUACAGUUGAGCUAGUGCUAAAUGGAGUUAUAGCCCGAUCGCGAGUCUGGUCCAAAACCGAUAUGAACCUUGAACUAGACAGAAAAGCGGGAGGCGACUGGCAAGCAUGUCUUUGUUUUGUUGCAAAAAAGCAUCGAUUAAACGUGAUUUCUGACCACUUAUGCCAGUGAAAAUGUGUUUGUAAAAGCCUGGGGGCCAAUAGUAAUAUUUGGCCAAUAUCUUUUCUUCCCUUAAGAAAGAAGGCAAAUAAGGCUCUAGCUAGCGAACAACUACUUCAAAAUAGUUUGAAUAGAAUCUACGUUUUUUUUCACAUAAAUUUAACUGUCAUAUAUAUUGUUACUACUUCAGUCAAUGUAAACACCUAAUUAGGCUUACAGGCAACAUGGCAAACGGUAAAGUGCAUUCUCUACAAAGUCAGACCAUAUUUUGUUAAAUGCUUUGCUAAGUAAACAACAGUUUGAGGAACAAGAUUUUGUGUUGGUUGAGAAAAAAUGAUUGUACUUGCACUACAAGGUUGGCAGCUGCUCAAUUUCUGUUUAGUUAUAUUUUCAAUAAUUCAUUCUAGAAUUAAUGUUUCAAAUGCGAGAUGGAAUCAACCAGCGGAGGAAGUGGAAUAACAUCUCUGUUACAGACAACUAAAACUAAAUUAUUAGUUUUAUCCUCCUUACUUGGUGUUAGUGCUAUUAUAUAUUUCACAAAGAACUAUUUGGAAAAGGGACAGUUUCUUCCUACAUGGUCAUCAAGCACUGUUACAUCGAAGAAAUCUAUUCUAAAACGUCAGCCUACUAUUGUUGGGGGGCAACGGCAUGUAGUGAUCAAAGACGAUGAUAGAUCAUCUGCUUCAAAACGAGUAUUAAGGAGACAACGAAGCAGGCACAGCUCAAUAUCUUCUAAAAGGAGUCGGUCUGUGUAUGGUGUAGCUAAACCUGAUGCUGAAAAGCAGGGUAAGGACAAUGCAACAGAUGUCAACCUUAAUGAAGCUAUCAAUGACUUUAGUAAAUCUGUGUCAGAAAUUGAAGAGGUUCUUGGAAUAAACAAUGAAACAAAUGUUAAAAGCAAUCGUAGCAGUUUAGUUAUUGAAAACGAACUUAACAGACUUCGUCAGAUGCUGGACUUUGCGCAGGACAUACAGUUGGUGAAUGAAAAAUCCAGUGUGUAUAUUUAUGACCAACACAAGGCGAUAACCGAAGACCUAAAUAUUGAGGAUGCACCAGAAGGAACAUGUGAAGGUUAUGAUGAGAUUGUAAAUCUUAUACGUGAUCAGAAAAACUUUAGUGAUGACUGGGAUGAUGACAGUGACAAUGAUUCGUUUUUAUCUGCAGCAGAAUCAAUAGAGAUUCAGGAUUCAGCGGAAGAUAUUGUAACACUGGAAAUGAAUCUAAAAGAGUUAAUUGGAAAACAUUGUAAACACGAUUAUUACAUGCAUGGAAUUGAAUAUUUAACAAAUUAUGGUGUACCUGUGAGAGCUAUCAGAACAGAGUUACUACAGUGCGAUAAUGAUGUCGAUUUUUGUGUGAAGGUUUAUUGCAUCCGUCGUGCAUUUAAGAAACUGUUAAAGAAGAAGGAAUACAAAGAUUGGUUUGUUGAAUGUGGAAAAGAAGUAUUGUCCGGACUCAUCAGAAAAGCAAAUUAUGAUGAUUCUCAGUUCUUUGUUGAUUUCAAUGAUAUGAUGAACUAUUGUGAAGAUGCAAACAACUGGGAAAGUAUAGAGGAAGAACUAAGUGGCAGAGGGAUCUGCUAUGUUAACUUCUACGACAUCAUUCUUGAUUUUAUAAUUAUGGAUUCAUUUCAAGACCUUGAGAAUCCACCUGCUGGUAUUACAACCGCUAUUCACAAUCGCUGGCUGUCACUGCGAAUUAAAGAAACAGCUUUGUCAACUGCGAUAUGGACAGUCAUCAGGGGAAAAAAGAGAAUGUUGGAGAAUCCUGCUGGUUUCUUCUCAAGGUUUUACGAUAUCUCAAUGCAUAUAACACCAAUAUUAGCAUGGGGAUUUUUAGGUCCAGUGGAGGAUUUAAACAAGUUAUGCUCGUCAUUUAAGAAAUCGGUUCAGGGUUUUCUUUGUGAUAUUUUCUCAACAGAGACAGCUAAUUACAAGUCAGUACAGACAUUAUCAGAUGACAUCUUGCGACUUGCGAAAAAAAGAAAAGAGGAGAUUAUCACGUUAAUUAGCUGACCUGAUGUCUUACCUUAUAAAUACCCUAUAAAUUUUCAAGAUAUAUGUUGUUCUAUUUAUUACAACUGACAUGUCACGUAUGAAGCAUCGUUAGCGAAUUCUGUAACACACCUGUUUUACUCACGUGUUUCAUGUUUUGGUCCGAGUUGAAAAAAUGAGAACGUAGAAGAAAAUGUCUACAACGGUGUAUUUAUUUUCUUUCAAAAAAAUGAAUAUUUCAUAAAACACUUUGCGAUUUAAUUCCGUGAAAUGGAUUACGGCUUUUCUUUUCAGUUUUAACUAUGUAUAUUUGGAUUUACUUUCUUCCGGAAAUAUUUACAUGUACAGCACAUUUUUAUUUUGCAGAACAGCGUAGACACAUUAUUUCACAGAACCCCACUACAGUAUUAUUUCACAGAACAGCCAUACCAAGGUAAUUCACAGAAUGGUGCUGCGUUGCCAAUUUAGUUAUUUCACAAUGUUCUACCGCAGACCAUUAUUAUUUUGCAGAAUGAUCCUGUAAAGUUAUUUCAUGGAAUAUUAUUUCAUCAAGCAAUUGUUUCACUGACCAGUUUUGAAAUGUGCUAUUUUACAGAACUAGUGUUGCAUUGAAUGUUAUUUCGUUUAUUUGCGUUUUUUAUUUGCAUUUGUUAUAUAAACAUGAAGAAAACAGUUACAGAUUUAAAUAGUUUAUAAAAUACUAUUGUAUAUAAAUAGUUUCUGUCUAAUGGUUUAACUUGAGCUGUCUCGUUGUUUAGUUGAAGUAUAUCACGUAACGAGUUUUAGAAAUUUUUUCAAAUAAUGUUCUUCCAAGGUAGGUGAAUUUUCGUGUUUCUUAAAGUUUAAAGGUACUCGAGAUAACUACUAUAAAAAAAAAAGCAACCUAAAACUAUUCAAAUCCUACCACAACAGUUUUGAGUUCAUUUUUGCAUUCCCAAAUCAUUUUUUUUUCUCCACUUAUCAAGAAACUAACCUUUUACAGUCCUAAAUUUGCUUUUAUUGUGGGAUACGAAGUUAGUUUUUAAGUGGCUGACAAAAGUAUAAAUAUAGAAACGAAAAUAUAGAAAUAUUUACGUAAGUAUUGUACGUAUUUUUAAGAUUUUCAUUUUGCUUAAAAUUUACGACAAUACAUCUAAAUAUCUCUG